GUGGUAUGUCUGCAAGGGACUUAUAGUUGGAGGAGCUGUUUAUGAAUUUGUGUUAUACACAUGGUAUUGUGAAUGAUAGUGUUUUUUGCUACAAGUUGUUGGUAUUCGUUAAAUGGAUAAAAAAUAUUAGAGGAACAUUGUGUAUUACAUUUGGAAUAAUGGUGGUGGCCAUUGGUUUUGAAGGUAGUGCUAAUAAACUUGGAAUUGGAGUAGUAAGGGACGGAACGGUUUUGGCAAAUUGCAGGCGUACGUACAUCACUCCUCCCGGCGAAGGUUUUAUGCCUGGUGAAACAGCGCAGCACCAUCGAUCCAACAUCAAAAGUUUAUUAAGAGAAGCUCUGACAGAAAGUGGUAUUAAACCAAAUGAGAUUGAUGUCGUUUGCUACACAAAAGGCCCCGGCAUGGGAGCUCCGUUGGUUGCAGUUGCAAUUGUGGCACGUACAGUGGCUCUUCUGUGGAACAAGCCAAUUGUGGCUGUUAAUCAUUGCAUAGGGCAUAUUGAAAUGGGGCGCUUGAUAACAAAAAGUGAGAAUCCAACUGUGCUAUAUGUCAGUGGUGGAAACACUCAAGUGAUAGCAUAUUCCCGCCGCCGAUAUCGGAUAUUUGGAGAAACAAUUGAUAUAGCUGUAGGGAAUUGCCUAGAUAGGUUUGCACGAGUUUUGAAGCUGUCUAAUGAUCCAAGUCCUGGCUAUAACAUAGAACAAAUGGCAAAAAAGGGUAAAAAAUUCCUCCAACUGCCCUAUGCUGUGAAAGGCAUGGAUGUUUCAUUCUCAGGUCUUCUUUCAUUUAUUGAGGACAGAGCCAAACAUCUUCUGGAUAGUGGGGAAUAUUCUCCUGAAGAUCUUUGUUUUUCUCUACAGGAAACUGUGUUUGCGAUGCUUGUGGAGACCACAGAACGUGCAAUGGCGCAUUGUGGAUCUUCUGAAGUUUUAAUAGUUGGUGGUGUAGGAUGUAAUCUUCGAUUGCAAGAAAUGAUGGGUACAAUGUGUGCAGAACGUGGUGCUACACUGUAUGCCACUGAUGAACGAUUCUGCAUUGACAAUGGUGCAAUGAUUGCCCAUGCAGGCUGUGAAAUGUUUCGGAGUGGAACUAUUACACCUUUUGAAGAGACAACAUGCACUCAGAGAUAUCGGACUGAUGAAGUAGAAGUGACUUGGAGGUAGAAUAUGUGGAAUGGGACAUCCAAACGGAACAGAAGGAAUAUAUCAAUCCUCUUACUUGUUUGUACCAUACUUGCACAAGCAGGAGACUGUACCUCUCUGAAUAUGAUGACUGUCAGAAAAUGUAAAAAUAAAGAGCUCUCAAAUAAAAAUAACUGCUUGUCAAAAAUGAA